CCCACUCUCUCGCUAUAAGAUCAGUAAGUUCUGCUUUCUCUUUAUAUUCUCUGAGUGAGAUUAUACAGAAGAGCAUCAGGUCUCGAGAAAACCUGACAGAUAACAUGUUGACAAACCUGUUUGUCUGGGCUCGGUUAUCAGUACAUUAGAUCUCAUGCUCGAACGAGAUCGAGAGAAGAUCUUAGAGAUGUAGUUUUGGAGAGAUUGGCAGUGACCCUAAAGAGAAUUUGGACACAUAAGGAACACUUUAAAAUAUUGUUGAUAAUGGACAAAGGAUUCAUCAUCAGUCCUCCUCCUCCGUAUGCCGGACCGCCAUUGGGCCAAGGCAGCUUUCCCUUCCCAGAACAGCAGUUUGCUCAAUACCCUCAACAAGUUCAAAUGAGUGCUUUCCCCCCACCACCCGUACAAGGGGCGGGCAUGGCUGCACCCAACGUAGCCCAAACAGUCCAGUCUGUAUCUGCACCUGGCGCGGUGAAUACAGUUUACAACAUACAACUCGCACAAGGGCCAGUCAUGCCUUCAUCCAAUCAAACUGUUCAGUCAACAUCUAUGCCUGGUGUAGUCCAACAGAGGGUAGUGGUGCCCCCCCGUCUGACUGAUGUCCCGGGGCAGAUGAAAUGCCCACACUGCCAACAACAGGUUGUCACGGAGAUGACACACACAAAUGGUCUGCUCGUCUGGGUCAUCUGUGGAAGUCUUGGCAUUCUCGGGAUCUGGCCAUGCUGUUUGAUUCCAUUCUGUGUGGAAGCCUGCAAGGAUGUAGAACAUCGCUGUCCUAGCUGCAAGACCCUCGUCUACGUGCACAAACGCAUGUAAAUGGUUCCGGAGCAAAGAUAAAUAAAAAAUAUUAAUAAAAACUUCAGCAGACUUAAGAGACCUCAAACCAAGAGUGUCCCAAAUCCUUAAAAAUUGGUUCAGCCUUAAUGGUAUAGAACUGUUUUAGAUAUAUUUUCAUUUGUUUCUAUUUCUUUAUCACUCAAAGACAGACAGACAGACAGACAGACAGACAGACAGCUUGUUUAUUUGAUUACAAUUUUGUUCUUAAUUUAAACAUUUGGGUUCAAUCACUCAAUAUAAGCAAACACUUGUUCACCUCAUACAUAAUAAAAAAAAAAAAAAAAAAAAGUUUUUUCUGUUAAUGUCCGAGCACUGAGAUGAGUUGGCAUUUUAGAUCAAAUAAAUACAGUACCACAGGCGACUCCGAUGACUGACAUUCCUGACUUUCACUUCACCCUCCAUCACCCCCAUAUGGAUUCAGAGUUCCACCCACAACAGUCCUGCCCACUGUCAUCCCUAUAGGUUAAUGCUCAGCACCAAGAACCAUAGAAAAAGCUUUGGGAACAUUGCUUUUUGGUUCUUCCCAUAUCUGCCUUGUGCCCCCACCACUCUUAUUUAAAUUUAAUUUUAAAAAUAUAACAAUAUUUAUAAUGAUCAUAAUAUUUAUAUAAUUCUUCUUCUGGCCAUGAA